CAAACGGAAGGAUACAGUGAGUGGCCAACGGAACGGAUUCGCUAAAUUGUUGAGAAAAUCUCUCCAAGAACUCCGUCUUUCAGUAGAUCGUUCAGUACUCGCCGCUGCUUGCUACCGAUCGCCUCCGCUCUCCGUCUUCCACUCUGCAAUCCAAUCUCGCAACCAUGGGUUCCGAUGCGGAUAUGGAAGAUUAUGGUUUUGAAUACUCGGACGAUGAGCCUGAAGAGCAGGAUGUUGAUAUUGAAAAUCAAUACUACAAUUCUAAAGGUCUGGUUGAAAUGGACCCGGAAGGAGCUCUUGCAGGGUUUGCUGAGGUGGUACGCAUGGAACCCGAGAAGGCAGAGUGGGGCUUCAAGGCUCUCAAGCAAACUGUCAAGCUUUAUUAUAGACUGGGGAGGUACAAAGAAAUGAUGGAUUCAUAUCGAGUGAUGCUGACAUAUAUAAAAUCGGCAGUGACUCGUAAUUAUAGUGAGAAAUGUAUAAACAACAUCAUGGAUUUUGUAUCUGGAUCAGCAAGUCAGAGCUUUGGUCUCUUGCAAGAAUUUUAUCAAACCACUUUGAAAGCCCUUGAAGAGGCAAAGAAUGAGAGGCUUUGGUUCAAAACUAAUUUAAAACUCUGCAAAAUUUGGUUUGAUAUUGGUGAAUAUGGUCGUAUGAUUAAGAUUUUGAAGGAGCUCCACAAGUCCUGUCAAAGAGAAGAUGGUACAGAUGAUCAAAAGAAAGGAAGUCAACUGCUGGAGGUAUAUGCAAUUGAGAUUCAGAUGUAUACAGAGACUAAAAAUAACAAAAAGCUCAAGCAAUUAUACCAGAAAGCUCUUGCAAUCAAGUCGGCCAUACCCCAUCCACGAAUUAUGGGAAUAAUUCGGGAGUGUGGAGGAAAGAUGCACAUGGCAGAGCGUCAGUGGCCAGAAGCAGCUACUGAUUUCUUUGAGGCUUUUAAGAACUAUGAUGAAGCUGGGAACCAAAGGCGUAUCCAGUGCCUGAAAUAUCUAGUUUUGGCUAAUAUGCUGAUGGAAUCUGAAGUUAAUCCAUUUGAUGGUCAAGAGGCAAAACCGUACAAAAAUGACCCCGAGAUUUUGGCAAUGACCAAUCUUAUUGCUGCGUACCAAAGGAAUGAGAUACUUGAGUUUGAGAAAAUUCUUAAGAGCAAUAGGAAAACAAUAAUGGACGAUCCAUUCAUUCGGAAUUACAUUGAAGAUCUGUUGAAGAAUGUCAGAACCCAAGUGUUACUCAAACUUAUCAAGCCUUACACAAGAAUUCGGAUUCCAUUUAUUUCAAAGGAACUUAAUGUGCCGGAGAAAGAUGUUGAGCAAUUAUUAGUAUCACUAAUCCUGGAUAAUCGCAUUGAUGGCCACAUCGAUCAAGUCAACCGUCUUUUGGAGCGUGGUGACAGGUCAAAGGGAAUGAAGAAGUAUACUGCCAUAGAUAAAUGGAACACCCAGUUGAAAUCCCUCUAUCAAACUGUCAGCAACCGAGUAUAUUGAGCCUCAUCGGAUAAUCCCGAUGGGGAAAUAUGUUGAUUUUAGCCUCAAACAUGGUAUGGUUUAUCACUUUUUUCCCCUUGAACUUGAACUUGUAAUGUGCUAUACUAGAUUUCUGAUGAACCAAACUUAAAAAAUAAUUAUACAAGUUCAAACCUGGAUUUUUGUUCGGGUACUGUUUGAGCUAUGUUCAAGUUAGUUUUUCAAUGAAGAAUGCAUCAAAGAUAUUCGUGAUA